AUGGCGUCAAAGGAGCAGCUGAGCGGUCUCUCUCUCCGACCAUCAGAGUCCGUCCCAGGUGAUCAGGCCGAGGCCAAAACUCCAUUUUGGAAGCGAAUGUUGGGCGGCCAAGAACCGGCGAGCUCCGGGAGCUCGGUUGAUCAAGAGGAUGGAAACAAGGGCAAGCCAGAGAAAUGGAGCAUGGGGGUCCUCAACGACAGACAAACCGAUGAGGUGCCAGGCUCCAUUCUCCUCAUGUCCAAUACCAAGCACAACGAGCCUUUGGGUCUGCGCAACGCACCAGCGAGAACAUCCGCCUCCUCUUUACCUUCGCCAUUUCCUCCGAGCUCAGGAUCUGGAAGCGCAAGACCCUCCUCCCGCAGGCAACUUUCAGGCCAUUCUGUGGAGGAGAAGAAAAAGACCAAAGAUGGCAAAAUCAUACUAGAACCGCAGCCCGAGGAAUCAAUGAACGAUCCUCUGAAUUGGCCGAGCUGGAGACGAGAUGUUGCUCUGCUUUCUCUUGGCUUCUACUGCAUGCUUGGCGGCGGUAUGACACCGGUCCUCGCCGCUGGCUUCAAAGAGGUUGCAGCUACAUACGACGUCUCUAUUCCACAGGUCGCCCUUACCACUGGUCUGUACAUGAUGGGGCUAGGUGUGGGCUCGGUAGUUUUCUCGCCUACGGCGAUCCUGUUUGGCAAACGCCCGGUCUACCUCGUGGGCAUCGUCUUGUUCAUCGUGAGCGCGGUUUGGUGCGCAGUAUCACCAAACUACGCAUCGCUAGUCGUCGCUAGGGUAUUCAUGGGGCUAGCAGUAAGCCCAGUCGAAUGUCUUCCAUCGGCUACCAUUGCUGAGAUUUUCUACCUACACGAGCGGGCCUAUCGACUUGGGAUAUACACAUUGCUCCUCUUGAGUGGCAAGAAUCUAAUACCACUAGUUAGUGCGGCUAUCAUCCAAGGCUUGUCUUGGCGCUGGGUUUUCUGGAUAGUCGCCAUGGUCGUUGGAUUUUGCUUUGUGCUCAUGUUCUUGUUUGUGCCGGAGACCUUCUGGGAUCGGACACCGCGGCCACGUUCAAGAACCCUCAGACCAGGCCUAGCAGGUUUAUCGAGAAUUUUCCACCAUACGAGUAACGCGCAGGACGAGAAAGGUGGGCUGUCUGCUGGUGGCGACGGGCCGUCGGAUAUGAGAAGACUCGCCAUUGGCAACUCAGCAUCCGCCGCAGGAUCCGGCCGCGCAACGAUCGCCGAAAGAAGGCAGCAAAGGAACGCACAGCACGUUGGAUUUGCCGAUCAAGCUCAAAAAGAGAGCGAAGAUUCGUCGGAGAAGGAUGACGCAGUCUUGGUCCCGGAGUCAAAACCUCAAGGAGACGAGGACGGGCGAACUUCUCGAAAAGAUGAUCAGGCCGAGGGCGCCCAGUACGCUGGUGAAGAAGUCCCUCGAUCUUUGUCACCAGCGAGUCACAAAUUUGCGGCAAGGAUUGAGCCUAGAGGCGAAGGGCCCCAAACGCCUGGUCUUCACAACUUCAACUCUCCGUUCUACGUCGCCACUGAGAAGCCAGGUACCGAUUAUUUGAAGAAUGAGCACGAGGGAUCUGAAGUCAUUCCCGAAACGCCAGGCUCGACCGGGACGAAUCGUGAGACAGCGGCAACCAGUGUGGGGUCCUCGGUACGUGGACCUCAACGAUACACCACGUACCUCCGAACUCAGCCAGCCAAGACGUACGCGCAGACUCUCAAGCCGUGGAAUGGCAAGCUCCGACACGAGAAUUGGUUGAAGGUCGCAAUUCGCCCUUUCAUUCUUUUCGCGUACCCAUCCAUUCUGUGGAGUACUUUGGUAUACUCACUGAGCAUUGGCUGGCUGAUCGUCCUCUCCGAAUCGGUCUCUACGAUAUUCGAGAACAAGGCAACCUACAACUUUACUCCGCUUCAGGCCGGGUUAGUUUACGUUUCCCCCUUCAUAGGCGGCGUGUUGGGGACCGCUGUGGCGGGUAAAGUGAGCGAUCUCAUUGUGCGCUACAUGAGUCGACGCAAUGGCGGUGUCUAUGAGCCCGAGUUUCGACUGGUCAUGGCGAUUCCAGUGACAAUUGCGACCUGUAUUGGCCUGAUGGGUUACGGGUGGAGUGCUCAGGAGAGAGACAACUGGAUCGUGCCGACUGUGUUCUUUGGCAUCAUCAGCUUUGGGUGCGCGCUGGGUAGUACCACUUCUAUCACUUUUGCGGUGGACAGCUAUCGCCAAUACGCCGGUGAGGCUCUGGUCACUCUCAAUUUUUCGAAGAACAUCUUCCACGGCCUGGUCUUCUCCUUGUUUUUCAAUCGUUGGCUGGAUGCCGACGGGAUGAAGAACACGUUUGUUGCGAUCGGCGGCAUUCAGCUGGCUUGCUUGACAACAACAGUGCCGAUGUAUAUUUUUGGCAAGAGGGCACGAAUGUGGACGGUGAGGAAGAACUUUAUGGAGAAGUUCUAA